AUGACUCAAGGACAAGCCUCCAGCCGAGAUACUGUCACCAAUGACAAUGGCUCUGAAACCGUCAAUGCUACGUCUCUGGUUCACACUCUUUCAGCGGCGUCUGUGGCUUCGACAAUCAGGGAUGAAAUAGCGUCUACGAUACACCCUUCCGACACAAAACAGGAAAAGCUGGUGGAGAACGAGGUCACUCCGUUCCAACUGGAGUUCUGGAAACCCCAGAACAUCAUGUCUGUUGAAGACACACCUUUCUCCAACAGAUACUUGGUGACACUCAUGGUCCUCGCAUUUUCUGUCCCGGGAAACCUUGCAAGAAUUUCCCUUCAAGGACUCACAAAAUACGAAAACUCAUACAUAAACUACAGCGGUGGAACUGUUGUUUGGGUUAACUUCGCCGCAAGCUUUGUCAUGUCAUGGUGCAAUCAUUCCCUUGGAUUUUGGUCGCACGUCUUGGAAGGGACCGAAAAGUCAAGCAUGAAACAAUUGGCACUCCAUACAGGACUCACUGGCGGCUUCUGCGGUAGCUUCUCCACUCUCUCUAGCGCAUUGAUCGAAAUCUUCUUCAAGACAAUUGACAUAGUGCAACUCCCGUUGCCCAAUAAUGGAUACAGAGUGAUGGAGUUCUUUGCCUCGUCCUUGGUCACAUUUUCAUUGCCCUUUUUUGGUCACAUCCUGGGAAGACAGUUUGCUUUAGCAUUCGACACUUACGUCGUCCCCAGAUUCUCACAAUUCAUAACAUACAAGAACAUUCGUAUUUUUGAGCUCACUUGCGGUUUUGUGGGCAUUGCAGCUCUCAUAGCUAACCUUGUUUUGACUUGCACCUUGUCUGUUGGAUAUUGGUACAAAGAAUCCUACUCUUUUGCAAUACUAAUGGGUGCAUUUGGAGCUCUAUUAAGGUUCAAACUUUCAGCCUUCAAUGGUAGGUUCUUUGCACCAUGGUUUCCCACUGGUACCUUGAUGGCGAACUUGAUUGGCUGUCUGUUGAUUGCGGUUAUAAAUCUUCUCGUCACUGGUUACAAGAGCUCAACUACAGAUAGCCUUUUAAUUUCCAAUAAAGUCCACAGGUUUAUCUUGAAGGGAUUCUCAUUAGGGUUUUGCGGAGCAUUGACUACAAUGUCUUCAUUUGUCAACGAAUUAUACAAUUUAAAUCAUCCUAAACUUCAGCAUAUUUAUUUCUGGGCUACGUUUACUCCUUGCUUCAUUUUUAUACUAUUGAUUGACGGCAGCUAUGCCUGGACAAGAGGUUUCCAGCAUAAUUGA